UUCUACUUCAUCAGUGUGAUUAUAGAAUUAGAAACAGUUUUUUCGUGAAAAUGUGUGUUUUGUGUGCAAAAUAAAUAUUGUUGGAGCACUGCUGCAUGAUACAAAUUCAGUUGACCAGUGAAAAAUUAUGCAAACAUACCAUUGGGCAUCAUAAUCUAUUUCACAUAUUUUCGAACGAAACAUGUAGUUUUAGGAAAGUAAAAUCGAAAUUACACUUCAACGGGAGAGAUAAAAAACAAAGCACGAAAAUAACUGUCUGUAAAGUAAAACAGAUAAUCCUUAUCUUAUCGUGGCGGGAAGCGCAUUACAAUGCAUCGUUGUGUUAGCGGCGAAAGUAACGAAUAAGGUGCGGUGUGUUAGUGGCAGUGUUAAUUUGAUGUGAAUCAUAAUUUCCGCCGCAACGUGCAAAGUGCGGUGUCAAUAUUAUCGACUCGAAUUUUGUUGGAUUAUGUUCGGAGAAGCAGCUGAAGCUCGCCAUUCCUACAACUAUUAGAAACCCAUAAAAGUUCAAAUGGACUACAAAACAAUAAGCGGAGUGUUAUUCCUUUUAGUACUCUCGUCCCUAACUGCUUCCACAGAAUCACAAGAAUUCUGCCCCACAGAAUGCCACUGUGAUUAUGAGAAUGCCGACUUCUUCGUCGAUUGUUCGAGUCUGGGACUGACCGACCUGCCUCACUUUCCAGAACUAGAUAUACGGAUCCUCGAUCUGUCGGAAAAUAUGUUCACCUUCAUCCCACCGCAAUUAUCCCAGUUAUCAAACUUGCGAUAUCUGGAUCUCUCGUCGAAUUUGCUAUCGUUCCUCCCGCCAUACUCCUUCGAUGGGUUGCACUCACUCAAACAGCUAAAUCUGAGCAAAAACAACCUCACCAACUGGGCUGAAAUAUUCCCGAACGAGAUACUACAGAGAACACCUUCCCUCGAGGAGCUGAGUCUUGCUGAGAACCAAUUCACAAGCUUCUCAAGCAAUGACGCCUCGCUAGUUUUAGUCAGUGGCUCUCUGAAGUACCUGGAUUUGAGUAACUGCAAAAUUACGAAGAUAUCGGGAAAGGAAGUCAUUCAGGGAAUGCCCAACCUGGAACAUCUGAAGCUAAGCGCGAAUCCCAUCCACGGAAUAUCGGAUAUGCAGUCUAGCAGUUUGAAGCUAUUGGAUCUAAGCAAUUGCAAGCUCAGUACGCUACAGCCAACAGCUUUGAGUGGACUGGAUUCAUUGGCGUACAUAAACUUGUCCAGAAACACGCGACUUACCUUGUCUGCCCACGGUAAUAUAUCCUCUCCAAGCUUGAAGCGCAUCAAUCUGUCCCACUGCAAUAUGGAUUCGAUCGAUUUGGGUGGAUUCCCAAAUUUGAUGACGCUGGUUAUGCGACAAAAUAUGAUACGUCAGCUGACCAGGGACAGCUUUAUGGCAAAUCCUUUGCUGGAAACCAUAGACAUCUCGUACAACGCAAUCAAUCAAGUUCAGCCGGACGCUUUCCGACGGUUGGUUCACUUGAGAAAUCUAGAUCUCUCGUUCAAUAUGAUCCCCCGUAUCGAUGGCAAAACAUUCAAGGACAACGAAUUGUUGACGCACAUCAAUCUAAGCCGGAACUAUAUAGGACGACUACAGAGAAUUAUGGCGACUUCAUUGGCCUACGUAAAUAUUAGCUGGUGUGAAAUUAUGACAAUCGAUGUGGAUGCACUGGGUGCGAUGCCAUCGCUCAUCGAUUUGGAUCUCUCGAAUAAUUUGCUUUCCGCGGAUCCCGAGAACAUCGCAUCCGAAUCACUACAGACACUUGACCUGAGCAUGUGUCGCAUAACAUCGAUCCGAAAUACGACUUUCGCCAAACUUCCGGCCUUGCAGAGGAUCAAUCUGUCUGGAAAUCGCUUCACGACGCCCUUUAGGGUGGACUUCUUCGAUAACAAUCCGUAUCUUGGUGAAAUUUGGUUGGGCGAUAAUCCGUGGCGUUGCGAAUGUGGAAAUAGAGAUUUUCACAAUUUCUUCGAAUUUUUGACGGAUCCACCGCGAAAAGUCAACGAUCGUAAACAGUUGCGGUGUACCACUCCGGAGGAUUUUUAUGGCGCAACCUGGGAGGCAGCCUGUAGAUCUGUUUGGUUUCCUCAAGAAUCCAUGGGAACUACCGAGAUGAUUUGGACCUACUUCAUGCUAGCGAUUCUUGCGUUUUUCGGUUUCUUUUGCCUGUUUUCGUCGGUCAAGAAAGUCAUUCAUUCUAGACAGAAAUUGGCGGCUGAAAGGGAGCGGAGGGAAAACAUUCAGGAGCUCAGAGAAAUAGCUCGCGAUAAUCAGUUACGCUUGCGACAGGAAGCGCAGCUGAACGCUCCCGAUGCCCGUGAAUCGAGGCCACCAUGCUACGAAGAUGCUAUUCUACUACCAAAACUGGACUCCGUAUCCUUUGCCUCCCUCGAUGAACUGCUGCUGAGAGGUAAACGCAGGAAGAAAAGAAAGCAGAGACAAUCCACCGGAGAUGAGCAGCCAAAUGCUGACGGAGAAGACGAUCAGGUUGAGGUUCGUCUAGGGAACAGAUCGAGAAGUGAGAAUGUUCUCUCUGUCAGAGGAACCGUUUAUCGUGAACCGACCGAUGCUCUCAAUCGAGACACUUCACCCAUCUACCAGAGUCCUGUAUCUAAUCGAACGGUGACCGCAACGGUUAUCGCCAAUGUUCACGCCUCACCAUUGGGAUCCAGAGCAUCACGAGAGACCGUGCCAUCUCCCACAGAGGACGCAGAACUACACUACCAUUCAACCGACAUUUUAGGAAUCAACCGUUCAACCAUAUCAACUGACACGGCAGACCCAAAAUCUCCAACCAUAACCAUCAGUCGCUCAAACAGUGCCGGUCCAAGUCGAAGCAUCGAACACAUCCAAAAUUUCAACGAUCGAAGCUAUGAGAACAGUCCAUAUGCCAAACGGAAAGUGAAACCGCUGCAGCAUCUGAAUCCAAACGGAAGCAUCGAGGAGAUCACCGAUUUCGAGGGUUACGAAGCUAGUCCAUAUGCCAAGCGACGAAUCAAGCAUAUGGCAAGUUUCAAAGGAGAUCACGAUCGACCAAGUUUGCCAGCGAGACCUCCGCCGUUGGGGAUUUAUCAGAUGCUGCAGGAUAAUGAUGCUGAUUCCGAAAUUGUGCUCGUGGAAGAUCAUUUCCUGCCCGAGCAGUCUAAACCUGAUUUGGACGAUUAUACGGUGGUCAAUGAAGCGGAUGUCAGGAUAUCACCGACCAGCAAGGAGAGCCAGUUGGGAACAGACAACGAUCCUAAUUCAAGUAGUGGAAGUAGUAUUGAAAUAAUCCCGUUGAGAAAGGAUAUGUGAUAUCGCAUAGUAUGACAUGGUGUUAAUAAAAAGGAUGAGAAAUAAUCAUCGUCUCGUUUUAUAGCGUAUAUAGCAUGAUAUGUAUUACACAAGUUUGCCAUAAAUGUAUGUCAGUCAAUUGUUGCAUACAAGCUAUGGCUUCUUACUUUCCCGCACUCAAUUUUAU